AUGCUGCAGCAGGAGCUGCAGCGGGCCAGCCCCGGCGCAAACCCCGGCUUCUACGGCAGCUUCCAAGAGCUGCCGGGGCCUCCGCUGGAGGGCAAAGCGCAGGAGUUUUUCGCAGCGCGGCGGCGGGCGGAAGCUGCUGCUGCUGCUGCUGCAGCAGCAGCAGCAGCAGCAGCGCCGCGCGAACUGCCGCAGCAGGGGCCCCACGCCUACCGCCCGGGGCCCCCCGGGCCCCUCCACUUCGGAGUGCCCUUUUCCGACGGCUGGGACUCGGGAGUUGCUGCAGUUUCGCAAGCUUUGUUUGGAACUUCGAAAGCUUUUCAAACAAUUCCAAUUCAACUCCGAAGUGUUUUUCGAAAAAGAAAACCCGGAGAUGUCUUCCCCGAGUGGUCCAACGCCUUCGUCACCAGAGUCGACCCCUGCGAAUGCGCAGCAGCAGAAGAGACCUUCACUCCUUACGAAGUGGCUCGUUAUAAGGAUUCUUGGGGCCGGCCCCACACCACUUUGGACUUUUCUCGCUGA